AAGGCCUCCAAUUAGCCUCAUUCAUGGACCACCAUCAUCACCGUGACUACCGUUCCCAGUGUUUUGUCUGGCUCCCUUCAUUCCGUACGCCAAAUCCCUCAUUAUGCAUUACGAGCGACGUGGAAUAACGAGAACAUGGAGAGCGCAGACACAUGACACAACGUGGACUCUGAAUACCACUAUGAACCACCGCUGAUUCGUCUCCUUACCUCAAAACCCUGACAACAUUUCCACGCUGAAUGUUCUAGGCUGCCUUCACCUUCUUGGAAGUUUUACCACAUCCCUCUAUACACAUGAAAGCAAGGUGGAAAGUCAAAGUAUGAAGAGCUGGAAUGGGAAUGAGUUAAAGAUUAUUGCGUAAUCGUUUGAGCUAUACGUCCGAAAUUACUGGGAGGAGUGGCGAGAAGCUUGAUCUUCGAAGGGUUGUCUGGAAGGCAUGGCAUAUUUACGAGGAGUAAGGACUUCGUUAGGGUGAUUCAAUCGGUGUCCAUUUUGCGCAGCCCGAGUAUGAUUCAGUGCAGCACAGCUCGCAAAACCUCUGUGGAGUUUUGUAUCCAGUGGAUUUGGUACCUUUUCUACCAUCUCGGAGCUCAUCGUGACGUUCGAACAACAGCCAAGGGCUGAAGCUGUCAAAAGUCAAUGCGCUACUAGUUCUCCAUAUUCGAGUCACCGCCAUUUGGGACCAUUUGAGUUUGAAGGAUUUCGUUACGAUCUGGCCAAAUCAUCCAAACGCCAGAUCAUCGCCAGGAUUACCUUGUCCAUCGCUCCCUCCAUACCGCCCUUCACCCUUUGAUUCCAGCUCUCAACAGGCGUAAUCAUGAAUGACUGACAUCGGGGGUGCAGGGCACGCAAAGGCAUUCCUUCAAGUUGUCCACUCCUUACUCAAGCAAGAACCAGCCUUCCGCACAGGGUGGGCUAAUUCGAACAAUCGUUCUCAUACCGCAACGACCGCAGCUACUGUUUAUUCCGUGUUCGCUGUGCCAUAUUCACUAGUCCCCAAUCCCUGACGUCGGCUUCCAAACGUUCCUUUAUGCGACAUGAACUCUAAUGAGCGCAUCACCUUUAACGUACUCCCGUCGAAAUCCUGACCUAAAUCGAGGGCGUUGUUCUACCCCAGUAAUGCUACUGCCACUUGGGAAGACCUGCCUUGAAUAUCGGAUCUUAAUCAUCCCCUCGAUACGCAAAGAAACCGAACGUAAGCCGAGUUCUGGAAUGCUAUAUAAGCCUCUGUGCAAGCUCAUCCUUCUUCCUUACUUCCUCACUACUUUCCAACAAACAUGUCUCGCUUCGUCGUAACUGGUGCCAAGGGUGGACACACCCAAGGAGCUCAAGCCCCAAACCGUCUGGAAAUCAACGACUUCGUCAAGAAUGAACUUCAUUUUUCGUUGUAUGUCCAGGCAUUGCAGUCUAUUUAUACCAACAAAAGUCAAGAUGAAAUCGAUUCUUUCUUCCAAAUUGCAGGCAUCCAUGGGUUGCCUUAUGUUUCCUGGGAUGGCUCUGGAGGUAAACCUGUUGAUCCUAAUGCCUGGAAGGGGUAUUGCACCCAUGGAGAUGUUCUAUUCCCUACUUUCCAUCGUCCUUAUAUGAUUCUCCUUGAGCAAGUUAUUCAACGAGAAGCCGUCAAAAUCGCCGCUACCUACACCAGUGCUGACGCUCAAAAGUUCAAAGAUGCUGCUGAGAAUGUUCGUCAGCCCUAUUGGGACUGGGCGAGGAACUCCGUUCCACCGGCAGAGGUUAUUUCAAUGGAUCAGGUUACUAUUCUCGCUGCUCCUAAUGGAAAGAGGGUUCAGGUCACGAAUCCUCUGAGGAGAUAUACUUUCCAUCCUAUCGAUAAAUCUUUCCCUAGGCCGUAUAGCCAGUGGAAGUCGACGUAUAGGUAUCCUACUAGUGGGAGUGCGAACCCUGCGGAAGACAUCAAUGGAAUGAAGCGAACCUUGCAGAGAGCCCAAUCUCAAAUCAGGUCGACGACUUAUAACAUGCUUACACGAGUGAGAACCUGGCCGGCGUUUAGUAAUCACACCGUUGGUGAUGGUGGAAGUUCCAGUAACAGCUUGGAAGCUAUACAUGAUGGUAUUCAUAAUAACGUCGGAGGAGGCGGGCAUAUGAGUGAUCCGUCGGUUGCAGCGUUCGACCCGAUCUUCUUCAUGCACCACGCGAAUGUUGACCGUUUACUGUCUUUGUGGUCUGCCCUUAAUCCAGGGACAUGGGUCACACCUAACACUUCUCAAGAUGGGACUUGGACUAUUCCUGCUGGUGCUCCCAUUGACGAGAAUACUAGCCUGACGCCGUUCUGGAACUCCCAAACAAGCUACUGGGUUUCAGCUAAUGUCGGGACCACCGCUCCUCUCGGAUAUACCUAUCCCGAAUUCAAUGGCCUCGACGCGAGCAAUCCUUCCGUUGUUCAAACCGCAAUCGCUAGAAUCGUGAAUCAACUCUAUGGCGGGGGUGGUCGUCCUUCGGGUCUUCCUUGGGGUCUUCCUUUGGGUCUUCCUUUGGGUUUCGCAGUCAUGAACCUUGCUGCUACUCCUACGUCCAAGGCCCCCGCAUCCGAAGCGAAGGUCCAGAAUGGCGGAACCCAAGAAGACGCACAUGCUGCUGUCCGCAGUUUUGCUGCAUCUUCUGCACCUCUGGAAUCACGAAGUCAUAACGGCGGGGCACAUCCAGAAGUCGAUCAAGCACCUUUCACGGCUACAGACGCCGGAGACGUAUGGGAAUGGACUGCCCGUAUUCGCCUCAAGAAGUACGAGGUCGGGUCUAGUUUCAGUGUACCUAUAUUCUUAGGUUCUGUUCCUGAACACCCGGGGGAAUGGUUGACUUCCCACCAUUUCGUGGGUGCUCAUCAUGCGUUUGUGAAUGGGUGGGUUUCCCUCCGAGGUUUAACUUUUUGGCAAUGUUCCUGAAACUUUGCGGGUUUCCCUCCCUUUUUCUUCAGUUCGGCGGAGAGAUGCGCCAACUGUCGUACGCAACAGAACAUUAUUGUUGAAGGGUUCGUGCAUCUCAACGAUGCUAUCAUCGAGCAUUCGGGUUUGAAUUCGUUGGAACCAAGUGUCGUGGAGCCAUAUCUUACUCGUGAGCUCCAUUGGCGGGUUGUCAAGGUAUCUGGUGACGCGGUCGACCUUUCUCAGCUUCCAUCUCUCGAAGUCACAGUGAUUGCUACGAGACUUGGGUCUCCACCUGGUGCGAUGUUCCCUGUUCCGCAGGAAACGCGUCAUUGUCAUGGGGUUACUCGUGGACGCGAGUAUUCGGGUGUUCAACCAGCUUGAGGUGCGAGGAUUCCUUCGGUGAGGAAGCGUGGGUGUUGAAAUUGUGGAUUAUAUUUUGUAGUUGAGGUUGGACUUUGAUGCCUUUAUUUUUGGAGUGAAAAUCAUAUAUUGGUACGAGUACAUGACCCGUGUAUGCAUCGUGUGUUGGAAUUUUUACGUGCCGGCGGCGAAGCGCGCGGCUUGCUUCACUACUCCCAUCGAUCACCUCAACUCGUUACAAGAUCGCGGACUUCAUGAUUCAUCAGUCUUUCUUUGUCUAAACCCAAUUUCGUACGGCAGCACCGUGACCUAUCAACAUAAUAUUUGCAUCAUAAGCUCUCCCUUUAA